AUGAAAGGGAUAUUUUAUCUCUAUCAACAACAUCAAAUGUUGGCACAUCUGGUGUCGCUGAUAGAGAGCUGGAUUGAGUCGCACUGUGUUGUUGUCAAAUGGCGCACAGCACCUGUUGUAGAAGGCCGGGACAUGAUGGUCGACUCAGUCAAGCUUGUUGCGAGUUACAUGUCCCUGGCAAGAAGAGUGAAGGGAAUAUUGAACGAAUGUUGUAGUUGGUAUGCAGUAUCUACUGGUGCAACUGUGUACCAGGUUAGACUGCUAUUUUGUUGUUGGGGAAGAUGCGAUCGUCAUCUACAUACCGUUUCGGACAAAAGGCUCGAAUCAAAACAUGUUGGUUGGUGA